AUGUCUGUUAACAAGGCCCUCACUUUCAAGAAGAUCCCCCAGGGAUUCCCCGUCGCUGGGGAGCACGUAGUCGUCGAGACUGCCGAUUAUGAUUCCAGCGUUGCCACUCCCGACAAUGGUGUUGUCUUGCAAUCCCUCUACACUAGCUUCGACCCCUACAUGCGUGGCCGCAUGCGCGACCCUGAGUCCAAGUCGUAUUCCCCCGCAUUCGCCCUCAACAAGCCCAUUGACAGCCGCAGCAUCGCCAAGGUCCUGCGCUCCAACAAUGCCAGCUACAAGGAAGGUGACCUGGUCAUUGGUCACGUUCCGGUCCAGGAGUACAUUGCUCUUGGCGAGCAGGAGCUUGUCCGCAUCCAAAAGCUCGAGAACCCCCUCGGCCUCGAGGACAUCCGUGUCUUCCUUGGUCCCCUGGGCAUGCCCGGUCUGACCGCAUACUCGUCUCUGUACGAGAUCGGCAAGCCCAAGAAGGGCGAGACCAUCUUCGUCUCCGCUGCCAGUGGAGCCGUCGGCCAGCUGGUCGGCCAGCUCGCCAAGCACGAGGGUCUUCGUGUCAUUGGAUCUGUCGGCUCGGACGAGAAGGUCGAGUACAUCACCAAGACACUCGGCUUCGAUGGUGGCUUCAACUACAAGACUGAGAAGCCCGCUACUGCCCUUGCUCGUCUCGCCCCCGAGGGCAUUGACAUUUACUACGAGAACGUCGGUGGAGAGCACCUCGAGGCUGCCCUCGAUGCUAUGAACAACUUCGGCCGUAUCGUCGUCUGCGGUCUGAUCUCCCAGUACAACACCGCCGCCCCCUACCCCAUCAAGAACAUUCACAAUGUCCUCGUCAAGCGUAUUACUAUGCGCGGCUUCAUUGUCGGCGAUAAGGGCAUGGGUGAUGUUUACACUAAGGAGCACCAGGAGAAUGUGCAGAAGUGGAUCAAGGAUGGCUCAUUCAAGGUGCUCAUCCAUGAGACUGUGGGCAUUGACAACGCUGCCGACGGCCUGGUUGGCAUCUUCUACGGCAAGAACAUGGGCAAGGCUGUCCUGAAGUUCUAA